AUGGUUGACAGCUUAAGACGACUAUUCAGUCGCAAACGUACAGCGUCAUACGAGGACGAUGCGAUCAAGGAUAUGCCAGCUCGGAAAUUGACUGUGCAGGAUUCUGGUCUCCUUCGCCUUCCAGACGAGCUACUUCUGUAUACCCUUGGCUUUCUCGACUUCGACAGUCUGCUCCGACUACGACUUACACAGUCGCAUCUAAACGACCUGGCGCAAGAAUUUGUUUUUCAAAGCUUCGAAGUUCACCAUGGAAGACGCGCCGCUCAGUUAGCAGCAAUGCUGCGACGAGACGAACGCAGGGCUCUCUGGCUCAGAUCGCUUCUAAUAUCAACCAGACACGACGAAGACGAGGGUCUACAUGCUCUUCCACCUUAUAUGGAGAGUUUCACUAACCUCAGGGACCUGGUACUUGAGACCCCGGAUUGUAAUGCGCGGCCUCCCGCCGAAAGAAUCAAGUGGAUUGAACUUCAGAACAUUUACGAGGAUAUUUUCCGGCGAGCAAGCGUUGCUGUCCCAGCCACCGAUCGACUUCUACCAAAUCUGGAAACAUGCACGUUACACUUUGUCGACAAUGAGGUCUCCCUGUAUCCUCUUUCAAAAUACAGCAAUAUGCCACAAAGGAUCCUUCAACGUCUACGGCAGUACAAGCGCACCACAUCGUUGAGGCACAUGCAUCUUGAGGAAUGCGAUUUCGAUUCAGAGAGCCUUCAGGCACUUCUUAAGUUGCCCAAAGCCCUAGAAUCGCUUAAAAUCAGCGAAGGUGUCCGCUACAAUAACAACGGGGCGAGUCGCCCUAGUAGGGUCCAUGGCAACCUCAACCCAGGACUCUUCUCCCGAGCUCUUGUCAAUGCAGCGUCUCAUUCUCUUGAGUACCUCAGUCUGAACUUAGGGUACCAGCAUAGUCGAGGACAUUCAAUCACAUCUCCCGGACGCAGCCUGGAUCUGAGACUUCUUACCAAGCUAAAGAAAAUCGACGUAUCAAUGACAACUCUAGGCCUUAUUGUCCCUCGUCCAGGUUGCGAUCACGCAAUAUACCGUCGUCUCCCUGACAGCAUCGAACACAUCCGAGUCUUUGAAGUACCAUUGCUCAAGUUGCGCGCGAGACCACCCACACCUCUACGACCUUGUCUAUUCACUCAAAAGGCCGUGCAUGGUCUGCCCAACCUCAAAGAAGUAACUUACUGCUACGAAUACCAGGCCCUGCGAGGAAACUCCUCCUUCGGCCUGUUCCAACGUGGCGGCGAAGACACACUGAGCCGCAUCAUCGACGCCUCCAAAAAACGUGUUAUUAACAUCAACAACAAGAACUACCCAACAUACCACGAAUCCAACAUGCACGUCGUCAUCGAAGUCGAAAUCACUCCUCCAGGCUAUAUCCCUCCCUACCUCCACAACGAAGAACAUCCAACCAUCGAAACGAUCUGGGACAGCAACGAGCCGACUUUUGAGGCAUUAGUUCACCUAGACAAUGCUCAGAAAGCACGAGAUAAAGCGGAUGACCAAGGACAGGGAUCGGAGUCUUCACUGGCACGCUCGAUAGCAGAGACUCAGUCACAGGUCACUAUUGAUCCAGCACAGUUACAUCCGACGCCGGCUCAAACUCCUCAGCAAGCGUUGAAUUGGUUGCUUGGAGGUGCUAUGCUGAACACUCCGAACACCAUUGAGGAUGAGAGUGAUGAUGAGGAGGGUGGUUCGCCUUUGCUGGAUUUGCCGCCUCAGGCGGCGGAGUUGUUGGAGUUGUUGAUUCAGAUACCGGGGCAGCCGUUUCAGGUAUAA